GAAGAAAACUACUUCCUGUUGCGCAAGAAAAACUUCCUGCUCUCCCAUAUGUAAGCGUGACUUUGGCUCACUGCUGACCUGACUGAGCCACAUUAUCAUAGAAAAUGUUGCUUUUAUCAAACAGGAUAAAAUUAUGCUCUCUGGCGUUUACCGCCGCUCGCAUGUACAGCAGCGGCCCCGCAACCGCAAACAAAAACCCGACGGUUUUCUUUGACGUUGCUGCAGACAACGAGCCUCUCGGCAGAGUAACCUUCGAGCUCAACGCCGACGUUGUACCAAAAACAGCAGAAAACUUCAGGGCGCUGUGCACAGGGGAACAUGGCUUUGGUUACAAAGGAUCAAUUUUCCACCGGGUUAUCCCUCAGUUCAUGUGCCAGGGUGGAGAUUUCACUAACCACAAUGGAACUGGAGGGAAGUCUAUUUACGGAUGGAAGUUUCCCGAUGAGAACUUCAAACUGAAGCACACUGGACCUGGUAUCUUGUCUAUGGCCAAUGCUGGACCCAACACCAACGGCUCCCAGUUCUUCAUCUGCACCAGUAAAACAGAAUGGCUGGAUGGCAGGCAUGUUGUCUUUGGCAGCGUGAAGGAGGGAAUGGACGUGGUCAAGAAAGUGGAGUCUUUCGGUUCACGGUCUGGGCGAACCUCCAAGAAGAUCACUAUCACAGACUGUGGAGAGCUCAAGUAGAUUUCAUGUAAGAAGCGGACACGGUCGUAGUCUCAUCUCCUGCUGUAAUUUCAAUGUGAGAGUCAGGGUGAAAGAGGCUCUUUCUUCAGCCAUGACAGAGUGCUACUUCUUUUUGCUGACAAUAGAUUCUCUCAGUCACAUCAUUUUUUAUGUUGGUACUCAAAUUCUGUGUUAGUUUUUACUUGACUAACACUUGAAAUGUGAUAAUAUAAAAUAGAAAAUGUGAGGUUCAGUUGUAUCUUGAAAGAGAGCUACUAAUUCAUUAAAAGCACUUGAACUGGUUCGGAAGAAGCAGCAUUUAUUUGCAAACAAUAAAAUCAUUUUUUUCUUAAUA